CCUGUGCGCCGGCGAUGGCGCCGGGCGGCGCUCGGAGCUGCGCGGGAGGUUCCGGGCGGAGCGGGAGCUUCCGGGAGCGGCCGGGCUGAGGAGGAGGAGGAAGAGGAGGAUGAAGAAGGAGCAGGUGGCGCACUGCCAGUUCUCCGUGUGGUACCCGCUCUUCAAGGCAGUCACCAUCCGCAGUGUUAUUCUUCCCCUGCCAGAGAAUGUGAAAGAAUAUUUGCUGGAUGAUGGAACACUGGUGGUUUCUGGAAGAGAAGAUCCGCCAAGUCAUGCUCAGGAAGGGAAUGAUGAUGCAGAGGAGAUACAGUGGUCAGAUGAUGAGAACACUACAACACUUAAGGCACCAGAAUUUCCCGAGUUCACAGCUAAAGUUCAGGAAGCAAUAAGUUCCUUGGGUGGCAGUGUUUUUCCUAAACUCAACUGGAGUGCUCCAAGGGAUGCCUACUGGAUAGCAAUGAACAGCUCUCUGAAAUGUAAAGCUCUCAGUGACAUCUUCCUCCUCUUCAAGAGUUCAGACUUCAUCACUCGUGACCUCACUCAGCCAUUUAUUCACUGUACUGAUGAUUCCCCUGAUCCUUCCUUGAACUAUGAGCUUGUUCUUCGUAAAUGGUGUGAACUAAUCCCUGGUGCAGAAUUCAGAUGCUUUGUCAAGGAAAACAAGCUUUUAGGUAUAUCACAGAGGGACUACACCCAGUACUACGAUCAUAUCUCUAAGCAACAUGAGGAGAUCUGUAGGUCCAUACAGGAGUUUUUCAAGAAACACAUACAAUAUAAAUUCUUGGAUGAAGACUUUGUUUUUGAUGUGUACAGAGACAGCAGGGGUAAGAUUUGGUUAAUAGAUUUUAACCCAUUUGGUGAAGUAACAGACUCCCUGCUCUUUACAUGGGAAGAACUCACCUCUGGAAAAAACUUGAAGGGAGACCAGAGUGAAGGGGAAGCAACAGAACAGGAUUAUCCAGUGUUCCGUUGUACCAACAGCAAAGUCACUGUGCAGCCCAGUCCCUACCUGAGCUACCGACUGCCCAAGGACUUUGUGGACCUUUCCACAGGAGAGGACGUUCACAAAUUGAUUGACUUUCUAAAACUGAAAAGAAAUCAGCAAGAGGAUGACUGAGGUACCCAGAGGCAUUACCUUGAAUUACAAGCAAGAAAUGUGGCAAAAUCUGUAUUUAGCAUAACUAUUAAACUAUUGAUUUAAAGAAAACCUGCUUUUUAUAGUCAAUGAAAGAACUGAAGGGCUGUUUGUCCCCAGUGUCUGUUGGUUUAUACAAAAGUGUAGGGAAGCUUUUUCAGGGAAACAUGAAAGGUCAGGGUGAGUUCUCACUGGAUUCCAGGUGCAAAGAAGCAGCAGCCUGAGUGCAGCUGAACAAGUGCUUUCCAUUUCUCAUAAUGUGAAGAUUAAUGCCACUGAGCUACACCUUUGGACUCCCCAGUGUAAAUAUGGCAACAUGAAAUGCUUGUGCAGUAAAAACAUGGAGCAUUCUCUGCAUUUAGGCACACUCUUGCUUAAUAUGUAGUCACAAAGUAAAAGGAAUGUACAUUUAAGGAUAAUUAACCUUUUAAAAUUGUAAAUUGAUUUUGUUUUGGGAGCACUUCUCGUCCUUUGUGAAAAAAAAAAAUGGAGAAGGGAUUUUUUCGUUGUUACAAGGACUAAUAUUUCAGAGAACAACUAUAGCUGUAGCAAACUACUUAAAGUUUGAAAAUUUUACGUACUGGGAAUUUGAAAUUCUGAGUUCAUUUAAAGUAAAGUAAUAUUUUCACAGUCUAAAGCUUUCACUAAAGCGAAAUUAAAUUCAUUUAACUUCGCCAAAUUUAAUUUCAUUUUCAUAGUAAUGCUUUCUUGAAACCUGUUUUUUUAACAUGAUUACACACUAGACAUCAUCUGUGACUUUAAUCUACAUAAUUAACAUCAACCUAUAAUUUUAUAUACAGACUCAGUCUUGUUUCUUUUGUGUCACAUCUCUGAGUUUCUUACGAAAGUAAUUAUUCUUUCAGCUCUUAAAAUUCUGUAUUUAUUUGGUGCUUCUUUUUUUUGUAUAAAGGGAAGCUUGGCUAAAUCUGGGGAAACAGAAGCUCUUGUUACCAAUUGCUGUUCUUUGGGAGGUGGGGGAGGACAGUUUUAGGUGAAUCACCAGCUGACUUUUGGAUAUAGGUGUUUGUAUGGCAUCAGUAAUUUAUUAACAGUGUGCAGAGUUCCCACUGAAACAAAAGGACAUUUGAAGAAGCUCAUAACCCCUGGAAACUGGUUCCUAUUUCAAACCAGUUAUGUGAUACUGUGUGUGUGUGUGUAUAGAGCUGUUUGUGUUUCUUUGCCUUGCUUUUGCUGUCAGAUUGGAAUGGUGCUUGGUUACAAUCUGUUCCUGGAUGUUAAAUCUGAGCUAAGUUGUUAAAUUAUUACCUAAUGUCUUUA